UAAGGGCUAAAUCCAAACGAGGCAUGCUUUCGUUUAGAGGUUUUAGCCAGAAAGUCUUCUUGUUUCAGAGAUACACCAGUGUUCCUCUCAUGGCGACUCUGGGUGGUUCUAGGGUUUCUGCUUUCACCACCGGUUCUCCCAUUAAUCCUCCUCCUAAGCGAGUAGGUACUCACAACGGUAGCUUUCACUGCGACGAAGCUCUCGGCUGCUUCAUGAUGCGCCUCACCGAGAAAUUCUCCGGUGCCGAAAUAGUGCGAACUAGGGAUCCUCAGGUAUUGGACACGCUUGAUGCCGUACUUGAUGUUGGUGGCGUGUAUGAUCCUAACCGAGAUCGUUAUGAUCACCAUCAGAAAGGUUUUGGUGAAGUUUUUGGCCAUGGGUUCACUACCAAGCUCAGUAGUGCUGGGCUUGUCUACAAGCAUUUUGGGAUGGAGAUAAUUGCAAAGGAGCUUCAGCUUGAUAAAGGACAUCCUGAUGUGCAUCGGUUAUUUCAGGCUAUCUACAAAAGCUUUAUGGAGGCAAUUGAUGCUAUUGACAAUGGGAUUAAUCAAUAUGACACAGAUCAGCCUCCCAGAUAUGUUAAUAAUACACACUUGUCUUCAAGAGUUGGAAGACUUAAUUUGGAUUGGAUGGAUCCUGACCAGUCAGCCGAGAAGGAAAAUGAAGCGUUCCAGCAUGCAAUGAACCUGGCUGGAAGUGAAUUUUUAGAGAGUGUUAGGUUUCAUGUAAAAUCAUGGUUACCAGCACGAUCUAUUGUUAUUGAGUGUCUUGCUGCAAGAGGAGAUGUCGACUCCAGUGGAGAAAUCAUGGUGUUGAAUAAAUUUUGCCCUUGGAAGCUUCACUUAUUUGAACUCGAGGAGGAGAUGAAGAUUGAUCCUCUGAUUAAAUAUGUUCUUUAUCAGGAUGAUAGAAGCAAAAAUUGGCGAGUGCAGGCAGUGGCAAUAUCUCCUGAUAAAUUUGAGAGCCGCAAGCCAUUGCCUUCUCCAUGGAGGGGCUUGAGAGAUGAUGAGCUAUCAAAGGAGUCGGGAAUUCCUGGUUGUGUUUUUGUCCAUAUGAGUGGGUUUAUUGGUGGAAAUCAGAGUUAUGAGGGUGCUUUAGCUAUGGCAAGAGCUGCUUUGAAGUUUUAGUCAAUGAAGAGAGUUGUCACCAUCAGCUAAUUUAUCAAUGCAUGGUUUUCUUCCGAUGGCAUCUGAACUGGGUUUCUGGACUAGCUUCUUCAUUCCUGUGUUGCAUGAGUUUCUUCUACAUAUAUCAGGUAUUGGUUGCUGGGUCCAAAUAGGUCUCGCCACCGGGUCAUGGUUUUCAGUUUUAACUGCUAGCAUGGUGUACAAUCUGCAGUUUUCUUGGCUUUGGGGCCAAAGAAGUACUAUGAUUUCUUCUCCAGGGAUUAAAUACCUUGGCGUUUUACAUUUUCUACUUAGCGGUUGAAUAUUUAUGUUCGCAUAAGAGUUCUUUAUUAGUUGAUUAGUUCAACUUCAUGAACUCUCUUUUUUCCAUCACACAGCAUUGAUACACUUGGGUUCAUUCUUUGAAAUAUUUGGAAAUUUUGAGAUUAUCUAGCC